AAGAGUGGUGCCAACCUUGCACAAAUCCCCUAAACAACAUAACCUAAAGUGUCACCAGUUUAUUACGAUGAAUUUACAAAAAAAAUGAUGCAAGUCGGGUUAAGACUAGGCAAAAACGGCACUAAAGGCCCCCCUUGUGUGCUCCGAAUCGACUGCGUGUUCUACCACUACUUGCUGAAGGAGUUGAGGUUAAGUCGCUUCUACCGGAUUUGCUUCAUAAAAUCGCAAAACAGCCGCAACUUUAGCUUUAUUCUCCUGGAGACACGUUACAACCUAAUUGACUACCAAUGGAACGAACGAGUGGUGGAAAUGGUGCGCGAGCGGUGCGAGCUGGACCACGCCAUGUCGUGGUUGUCCACCCUCGGGGGGGCUUUUUCAGCCCUUGGUGACUACUUCGCGAAUUGUGCCCAAAUCGCCGGGAAAAUCUCCGUGAAUCAAUUGAAGCUAGCUUUGAGGUUAGGUGACCCGACUGUGGCCGCCAGAUGUCGCCUCUACUUUAGUCUAAGUUUAAUUCAACAAAAACGCUUCAAACUGGCCAGGAACAUAAUUUAUCAGGAGUUCACAACCGCGAAAAAUGCACUUGUUGUGGACGAACGACUUGUAAAGAUGUGUAAAGGCAUUUGGUCGAAAUUACAAUAUGAGCAUAGCUUGGGGCGUAAGCGCAAAAAAUAAAUCACAAAUCUGGUAACAUCA